CAGUUAUUCCCCUUUUGUUAGCAGUAAAGCGUAAAAUAUCUUACUCUUUCUUUUAAGCCUAUUCAGGUUUCAUCACCGUCUUCCAGGGAUUUUCGAAUGAAGAUAGUUGCAUAGUGGUCUCUGCUUAUUAUUGCCAAAGAUGGCGACAAGUGGUCCAGACUCAACACAAGCAAAAAGCACAUACCCGCCAAAGUGUGACAUCUGCGAUAAACGACAGAAACACGUGCCAGCCACGUGCAAGUGUCACGACUGUGACAUGGCGAUGUGUGUCGACUGUGAGUUCACGCACUCGGUGACAUGUAAAUCUCAUGAUGUCAGAAAACUCAGCCAUAUCGCCAAGGAAGGGUCGAGCGUUGAUUUUGAGAUGAUGGAAACGGAUGUUGGGUCGGUGGCUUCCAGUGUGCCCGGAUUGGAACAGGAUGCCGACGUUCCACGUGACGGUGAUAUUCCCAGAUUUGCCCUCUUAAAAGAGUUUUCCACUGAUGUCGAAGACGAUGAGGUGCCUCCAGAUGUUAGGUCUGUGUUGGUACUGAAAUCUGGUGUCAUCUUGGCAACAGAUUGGGCCAAUUGUUCUCUGAAGGCUUUCAACCAAAACGGGACAUUUUUAGGGGAUCAUUUCUUCGAUAAAAAGGGCAACGAUGCUGGUCGGAUUAUGGGAGUUUGUCAGAAGGAUGAAGACACAGUGCUUGUCACACUUCCAUCAUUAAGAAAGAUUGCAACGAUUACUAUCAAGCUACGGGAAGGUAAAGUGACCUUUUUACCUGUAAUGCACACGACCAAAAGAAGAUAUUUCGGCAUCGCGCAUCUCUCUGAAACCAAACAAGUCCUAGCCGGGACAACAGAUACCGUUGAUAUUUUGACUUACAGUGGUCGUUUUAUUACAUCAGUUGCAAAAAACACUUUUGAGAAUCCUUACAACAUGGCGACCGAGUCCCCAACCUCGGCGUUAGUGUCAGACACCAAACGGAACUGUUUGUUCCGAAUACGCGCAGAUCAAAGAGUAAAGAGAAUACUCGUGGGUGAUACCACUGUUCGGCUGAGAGGAGUCACUGCGGAUGACGAUGGCAAUGUGUUUUUCUGCGGCUUGAAGACCGAAGGAAUCGGAUGGGUGAACAGCAAGGACGAGAUAAUGGGAAAUGUGUUGCCUGGCGGGUCAUGUCUUCUAGACGCCGUGGGGAUCUCCUUUAAGAAGACUGACCGCGGCCGGCAGUUGGCAGUGUCGGUCAGUUGUGGGGAUGUGAAGGUCUACAAGGUGACAUAUGGCGCCUAGAGACAGAAUGAACACGUUAGACACAAUGCCAUGCCUUUUACCGAUUGGCAAUAGAUACCUAUUUUUAGAUAUUCUCGAAGUGCUUGCUUGUUCAUUCCCAUUAUGUUGUUAGUAUUUGAACCAGCUGAGUCAGCUCGUCGUUUAAUUGUACUGGUUGACUUUAAUGUGAUCACUAUCUUGUGUUACAAGAACGGAAAAUAUAAGUCUUUUAGUUAUAA